CAAUUAAGUGAGCAUGGGGUGAAUGGAAAAUACAUUUGGUAGAAUUGGUUUGAGUGGAUAUUCCUUAAAUUUCAACACAAGCAUGUUUAUUUUUGUUAAUAAAAAAUAUCCAAAAGAUGCUUCCUAACAGGAAUGACCCAGAUAUUAUUUCAAACAAGUAGGGCUUAAUUUUGUGCAUGCUCUUACCCAUGUGUUGCAGUUGGUGCACAGUGAAAACUGAAAUCUGCACCAUUUCUACAGUUUUAUCAGUGCUACAGAACAGAGACCAAUCCUGAAACACGUUCGUACAGCCAACUGUGCUAGCGGGAUGCUAAUGUGAGGUAUUCUAGCACAGCCUUACUUAACCAGGAGUAUUUUUAGUGUGUGUGGGUAAUCAGUUAGUGUAGCCCGGGCCUGGAGGUGGGCUUUAUCCUGCCCAGAUUUACAGGAGCGUUUUAGAGCGUGGCUAAUCUUAUUAAGAGCAGCCAUGACAGAUGCACUGAUUCAGUCUUCUGCUACCUGCGAGAGCGCCGAGCAGAGAAUCGCUGGCCAUUCAUGUUGUUGGACUACUGCUGCCGGUGCUGUGGGACCACGCUGAUCAAACGCCAUGCCCAGCAUCUGCCCAUCAGCAGCAAGCUGCAUGACACCUGGGCUGUUCUUCAGAACCUGUUGAUGUGUAUGCUGUGCUUCUACUCUCUCUACUAUAUUGUGGUCAGUCUCUGCAUCGGCAUUCUCAGGGUGGAGGAGGUGGACAGCUUGUUAGCACCUUUUGACUACACAACUCAACCAUCAUGGCAAAGUCCCAAAUAUUUAGUGAGUGUGAUCUCCACCGAGGUGACGUAUGUUCUGGGCUGACAUACACUCGCAUCGAUCAUGAAUGAGUGUGUGUGGGACUACGCCAUCACUGUCACACUGCUGCACGUCGCUCUGACCGUAGCAGUUAUGGCUGAUUUUCCCUCGACAGAGCAUUGGUGGAUUGCUCUCGGCUCUGGGUUGUUGAUGAUGAUUUUUGGCGGGCAGCUCCUGGCUUACAGACUCUUCAGAAGUAAUUUUGUGCAUCCAGCAGAUCUUCAGAAUUUCUGACACGCUGUGGAACAUGUACAGGGAUGAAUUUUCUCAGUUUUGUAUUUCUUUUUUACAUCAUAGGUAGUUUGAAAUAGUUUUGUUAUUCCUAACAAUAUUUUGUCUGCUCAUGCUGAUGAAGUAAUUCCAGUAAUCAUGUUAUUUUGAUGGCCUUUUGUGACGUCCCUGUGGUGAAAUCUCAGUGGAUUUUGACUCAGAUGCAAAAAUGAUCGUCUGUGAUUACAUGCACGUUUACAUUUGCUUCACUUUCUGUACAGCAAUGUCUUAUAUGUAAAAUUAUUUGGAUUAGAAACUUUUUUUCCUCAGGUGUUUAAGUCAGGUGCACUCUGUAUGAUUUUGGCACGGUUAAUAUUAAUAUGAUCACGUUCAUACAGUCUGACUAGCAGUACUGGGUAGUAAUUGAUUACAUGUUAUCUGCGUACAUGUACUUGUAAUUAGAUUAUAUUAAAAUCGUAAAAUGCUCAUAAAUCAGAUUACAGUUCCUUUUUUAUUGCUUAUGUGAUUACAUAUUAUUUACACAAUGGCAGUGAAUUUGUCAUCAUUUAUUGAUUGUCCCUAAUUCUUUUUCCCUCUUAAUUAAUCCUACUGUCUUUUACACCAUUUAGCUUUGACUAUAUUCACAGUAUAAAGUAUCCAUGUAAAUGUCAGGUAAACAACUU